AUGGGUUUUCUCUCAGACCAUCCACAUACGGCCAUCACAGACACCAUAGAGCGAGUUGUUUCGUCGAACACCUUCACCUUGGAGGUAGAGCUGGCGUCGCUCAUCCAGCAAAUCGGAUCCGGCAAGGGCUCGUACGGCUCAGUAACAAACCAAAUUGAGGCCGCUCGGUGUAUUCGCAAGAAGCUUAAGUAUGGUAACCGAUUCCAACAAUCGCGCGCCCUGGAGCUGAUGGACCUGUUUGUAUCGCAGCGCGUGAAAUAUCCAGAGAUGUACAACGACGCCAAGCUGCUAGAUCGGCUCCAGGUCAUUGCACUACGGUCGGAAACGGAUGGCAACGGGGUCCGGUACCAUGUUAAAAUCGUCAAGCAGUGCGUAGGGUAUGUUCUGGGUUGGUUGUCCAUGAUCGAGGAGUUGGGGCCCAGUCGAAGUUACGAUGGGCUCUACCAAUUGGGGCGUACCGUGGGAUCCAAGUACACUACUCGGGAACGUGCGGAGAGCAGCAGAAGGCGCAGGGAUUUUAUGAGCGAUGAAGCCGACGCCUCGAUGCCCAUGUCUGCCGAUGAGCGGUACCGCAUUCCCCGCAUUGACAUGGAGAAAGAAGCGCCUCGUAUACGACUCUUGAUCAGCGAUGCUCUGGCCACUGCCGUCUCCCUUAAAAACACUUUGAAGACGCUCCCUCCAUCUGUCAAGAGCACGGACAGCGAAGAAGCCACCGCGAAAUUCGUCCAGGCCCGCGCGGUUCGCCGUAAGGUGCUGAGGUACCUACAAUUGGUCACGGAGGGCGAAUUUUUGGGCAGUUUAAUACAUGCCAACGAAGAACUGGUGGCUUCGCUGUCUGGCUACGACGAACUGAGCGGCGACGUUGACGUUUCCGAUGAACUGACGAUUAUCUCUUCGGGAGACGAGGAUGAGGACGAGGGAGACGAAGUAUCUGCCCUGUCUUCCACGUUUUCUGGGAGGCCCAAUCGCGCCGACUCCAAUGACCCCUUUGGCGAUCAAAACCGCAUCUGA